AAAAUAUAUUUAAACUUUUUUAUUAUUUAGGAACUUAACAUAUGGUGCGUAACAUUCUCGUCGCCGACGUCCACAGUGACUUAGGCACCAUUGACGGCGAUGGCAGUGAACGAAGGCUGCUUGCGUUCACGGCAGCGCCAAAAAUCACCGAUGAGGUAGUCGAAGUUGUGGUGGCGUCGCGAUCGAAGGCAAAGGGGAGAACUAGAGAAGUGUUUGCACGAAUGGGGAAAAGGAAUGUUGGGAAAAAUCUAUGCCCACAUUUAUAAGAGAUAAGACAAUGAAAGAGUAUAUAAAUAGUGGUAACUCUUAUCUUAUAAAUAUGUUUUAUAAGGUUGAGAUAAACUUAUACCUACAUUCUAAAAUAGUAUCAGAACUAUCUAGAAUUAUUCUAAAUGAGUCAUCGACCAUGGAUACAUGUUUCAAGCUCAAUAGUACUAGGUGUGAAUGGGUAUAUUGGGAUAAAUUUAAGUCCUGUUUAUUCUAGGUCAUUAAUAAGGGUUACUCAUCAUUUAUAUAUAUACCAAGUUUAUUAGUAUUAGGCGUGAAGAGAGUGUAUUAGAAAAAAUCUAAAUAUCAUAUUGUCAAGAGAUAAUAAGACAAUUAAAUAGUAUAUAAAUGGAUGCGACAAUCCCUCACCUUUCAAAUUGAUUUUACAGGGUUGAACUUGGUCUAAACCUAUUUUCUAAGAAGGGACUUGUUCCGUAUUAAAAAAGAUACAACUUGGGUGUUAGGGAGUUGUAUAGUUAGCAUAAAUUAGAAAAAUGUCCCAGCCUUCUCUACCACAUUGCUAUCCUAAUAACCGAUGUUAAAGGGUGGUAUGGUAUCCCAUUUUUACACUAUUUAAGUAUUGAAUUCAGCUUUUCAUCGAGGAAUUAAAGCAAGUCCAAGGCUUAAAGUUAUAUUUUUUGAUUGAAUUGAAAAAUAGCACAUGGCUUCGCUCAUUAUCAAAACAUGUGUUAAAGACGAAAAGUGGCAACCAUUGGUGUUCACAUGAUUGUUUUCUUGUAUAAAUUAUAGUGAGCCGUGAAUUAAAGUGGAGUCUCCUUUUGACUAGAAAACGAAUCAUGUUCUUCCACAAACGACAGCUUGUCAUCCAAUAAGCAUCAUAUCAAUUUACUAAACCAAAAGCUUAUUGCAGUUUAGUCUUUUCCAUAAUUGAAACAUUAGUUCUAUCACACAAAUCAUGGCUUUCAGUAUACAAGGGAAACCUCAUGUACAUGUGUUGCUUGUUCUAACGUACUUGUGGUUGUGGUGGACUACUUGUAUUGAAGCCGCUAAUGAUAGUUUAAAGCCAGGUGAUACGCUGAAUACACCAGAAAAGUUAUGUUCAGAAAAGGGUAAAUAUUGCAUGAAUUUUCAAGCAAAAUUUGAUGAUGAGAGCGUAGCUUACUUACGUAUAUAUACCCAAGAAAAUGAUGAUUGGGUAGUGUGGGUUGCUAAUAGAAACCAACCCGUUCUCACAGAAUCUGCAGUUCUAUCAUUCAACCACUCUGGUGUACUUAAAAUCGAAUCCCAAGAGGUGGAACCAAUUAUCCUUUUCUCCACACCUCAAACACUCAACAUCAACAACACUGUAGCCACCUUGUUGGACACAGGUAAUUUUGUGCUUCAACAACUUCACCCUAACGGGUCCACAAUGAGUGUGUUGUGGGAAAGUUUUGAUUUUCCCACUGACACAUUGCUCCCAGGGAUGAAGCUAGGUGUGAACCACAAAACUGGUCGAAAUUUGUCACUGGUUUCAUGGUUGAGCAAAAAUGUGGUUACUCCUGGUCCUUUCAGGCUUGAAUGGGAUAGUACAAAACAGUUGAUGAUCAAGCGAGGAGAAAGGGUUUAUUGGACUAGUGGAAAAAGAUUGGAGCACAUUUCUGGGGAGGUUAAUUAUGAUAUUGUGUCAAAUGAAAAUGAAGCCUACUUCAUAUUGAGAAGUUCAAACUCAAAGGAAGAGAUUACGAAAUGGACGCUAUUGUCAACGGGGCAGUUGAUAAACCGUAAUGGAGAUGAUGUUGCUAGGGCUGAUAUGUGUUAUGGGUACAACACAGAUGGAGGGUGCCAAAGGUGGGAGGAGAUACCCACUUGCAGGCAUCGUGGUGAUGUGUUUGAACUGAAGCAAGGUUACCCUAAUUUGAAGAUGAAAAGAGAUGAAGGGAAUUCAAGUUAUGGCAUAAGUGAGUGCCAGACAAUAUGCUGGAGGAACUGCAGCUGCGUUGGGUUCACUCUUUUGCAUGAUAAUGAAACUGGCUGCACAUUCUUCCUGUGGGAUUCAUUGAAGGGUACCAAUUUUGCAAGCGAGGGUGACAAGUUUUACAUGCUAGUCAGGAGCAAUCAUCAAAAAGGGAUAAAAUGGUGGAUAUGGGUCAUUAUCGCAAUAGCAACAACGACACUCAUAAUCUGCCUUUGCAUUCUGUGCAGAGUCUUAAAGAAACGAAAACAUGUGCUUGAAGAGAAUAAAAGAAAAAGAAUGGAGAUUGAGAAGCAAGGACUUGCGCCUUCCAAUAGAUCCUCGAGUACCAAAAAACUAGAAGUUGAUUUACAGGAGGAAUAUGACUUGAAAGUAUUCAGUUAUGCAUCAAUAAUGGAGGCUACAAAUGGCUUUUCAUCUAUAAACAAGUUAGGACAGGGUGGCUUUGGACUAGUUUACAAGGGAAUUCUAUCUACAAGGCAAGAAGUUGCUGUGAAAAAACUGUCAAUAUCUUCUGGACAAGGGCUAGUCGAAUUUAAAAAUGAAUUAACACUCAUAUCUAAACUCCAGCACACGAAUUUGGUUCAGCUACUCGGUUACUGCAUUCAUGAAGAAGAGAGGAUUUUGAUCUAUGAGUACAUGCCUAACAAAAGCUUGGACUUCAUUUUAUUUGAUUCUACUCAAAGUCAGUUGCUGGAUUGGAAUAAGCGUUUCAGCAUAAUAGAAGGAAUUGCUCAAGGAUUACUUUACCUUCACAAAUACUCGAGACUUAGAAUCAUUCAUAGAGACUUGAAGGCCAGCAACAUUCUCCUUGAUGAGAACAUGAACCCUAAAAUUUCUGAUUUUGGUAUAGCAAAAAUGUUCACACAGCAGAAUUCUGAAGCAAAUACCAACAGGAUUGUUGGAACAUAUGGUUAUAUGUCUCCAGAAUAUGCUAUGGAAGGAGUUUUCUCCACAAAAUCUGAUGUGUACAGCUUUGGAGUGUUACUUUUUGAAAUUGUUAGUGGUAAAAGAAACAAUAGCAUCUAUACCGACGAACAACCACUCAAUUUAGUAGGACAUGCAUGGGAGUUAUGGAGAGAAGGAGAGGCUACUAAGUUGGUGGAUCCAACACUAAACGAUUCAUUUUCUGAAGAUGAAGUGUUAAGAUGUGUUCAUGCUGGUCUAUUAUGUGUGGAAGAAAAUGCAGAUGAUCGACCCUCCAUGUCCAACAUUGUAUCUAUGUUAGCAAACAAAAGUAAAGUGACUUCUUUACCCAAAAAACCAGCGUAUUAUGUUAGAAAAAAAGUCUUGGGGGAUGAAACGUCUACUAAAGAAUUUGGUGCAGAUUUCAUACACGAAAAUUCCCUUUCUUAUGUAUGUUAAAUUUGACUGUGAAAAAUUACCAUGUUACGGGAUCAGUUACUUGUGAAGUUGUUUUUCUUUCGUUUUGAUGGUUAUGGUUGAUUAUACCAGAUCGAAAGAACUUUCCUUCAAAUACUCACUGUAUCAAUAUACUGUUGUAUAUAGAGUUGAUUCAUAAUAAUAUACUGAUUUGUCACUUGCAUUUCACA